AUGGCUUCCAUUCGCCAAGCAAAUAAGCUCGUCCUAUCACUCGACAGCGGGUCCAAACUUACCCACGCAGACGGUGCAUGGCUUACUUUUGCUGCUUCGGUCGGUGGAGAGGGAUGGAGUCUGGCGAUGAACGCCAGGGAAUAUCACGAUUUCUGCCAGCUCCUACGGGCCGUGCGAGCGUCUGUGCUUCGCCUUGACCCCGCCGACGUCCAAGAGCCGCUCCAGAUCCAGGCACGUGGAUCGCAUGUCUGGCUCGAGGCCACCGUCGCGGCUGCCGGGCUAUUACCAGAUCUCUGCGCCGGCCUCAACGGGUCGUUGGAUGGGUCAGACCAGGCGGCAGGUUUUGAUCUUCGGUUUGGUCUAAUUGCGGCUCAAUCUGGCGCCGCGGGGGGCAAAGCAGCAGCACAGGUGGCGCAUUGGCCAGCACCCGCGGUGGCGGACGCAUUGCAGAGCGCGGGGGAGCUGUUUGGAGUGCCGCGGGGCGAUCAGAGCGACGAGCAGGACGAGGCUCGGCGGGUAGCGGCGGGCGUGUUCGUGGCGUCGUUGGAGUCCACGUCAGACACCGAGUCCCUCGUGUCUCUCGAGGAGCAGCUGCAGCACAUGCGGCAAGAGCUCGCCGCCGCGCGCGCGCAGGUGCGCGCGUCGGAGACCCGCGUGCGGCAGACGCUGGACCGGAUGACGGAGCUGGAGUCGCUCGUGGAGACUACGCGCGUGGUGGACCCCCUUCCCAGGGAAUCCAGCAGCAGCCAGGGGGAUGCGGAGGAAGGUAGCGCACCGAGUGCUAGCGCAGGUCGCGCGGAGGGGAGCUUGGCGGUGGUGGAGAAGGCGGAGGCGAUUCUGGCCGCGGAGCCUGCGGAGCUGCAGAGCGCCGCGGAGACGGCGGCGUCCCAGGGGCGCGUGGCGAAGGGGAAGCGGAAGGGGAAGGCUCCGCGGCGCACGAAGCUGGACACGUCGGGGCCGCUGCCCAAGUACGCGUCCACGCUCAAGAACUUCUGGUUCCCCGUCGCCUUCUCCAAAGACGUCGACGCCUCCACGCUGAUUCCGUUUGACUGCUUCGAGGAGCCGUGGGUGGUGUUCAGGGGCCCAGACGGCAAGCCAGGGUGCAUCCGGGACGAGUGUGCGCACAGGGCAUGCCCUCUCUCCAUCGGCACUGUGGUGGAAGGCCACGCUGUCUGCCCCUACCACGGGUGGGAGUUCAAGCCGGACGGGCAGUGCACCAAGAUGCCGUCCACGCGCCUCACCAACGUGCGAGUGCGAGCGCUGCCGUGUGUGGAGCACGAGGGCAUGAUCUGGGUGUGGCCCGGCACCGCCACGCCCACCGACACGCUGCCCUCCACCAUGCCGCCGCCCUCCUACACCGUGCACGCUGAGAUAGUGAUAGAGCUGCCGGUGGAGCACGGGCUGCUGGUGGAGAACCUCCUGGACCUCGCCCACGCGCCCUUCACACACACCACCACCUUCGCCAAGGGCUGGUCCGUCCCCAGCCUGGUCCGUUUCAAGGCGGCAGCAACGCAAGCGCUGCAGGGCCACUGGGACCCAUACCCCAUCGCCAUGGAGUUCCGCCCGCCCUGCAUGGUGGUGUCCACCAUCGGGCUCGUCAAGCCGGGCCAGCUGGAGGGGGAGGCCAGCGCGCAGGAGUGCACGCAGCAUCUGUACCAGCUGCACGCCUGCCUGCCGUCGUCACGCGGCAAGACACGGCUGCUCUACCGCAUGGGGCUUGACUUCGCCCAGUGGGUCAAGUUUGUGCCUUUCAUCGACAGAUUGUGGAAGUCUUUGGCUAACCAGGUGCUGGAUGAGGACUUGCGUUUGCGGCGCAAGCUGGUGGAGCGGCUGGGGCCCGUAUGGAGCGACGGCGAGCUGCGCGCAUUCUACCGCCUGCUGCGCGCCGAGGGGAAGAACUGGCGCAAGGUGGUGGCGGAGUUACCGGGGCGAACAGAGGAGAUGGCGGAGGCGCUCUUUAACAUGAACAGGGUGAGUCCGUCCCCCCCUCGCCCUCAGGCGCACGAAGGGAGCAGCAUCGGCGGUGGGGCUGGUGGCCAUGAUGACCGACCACUACUCCAUGCUCGUACGCCCCUCUCCUGCCCCUCCCCUGCUACUACUCCAUGCUCGUACGCCCCUCCCUCCCCUGCCACUACUCCAUGCUCCUACCGCACUUCCCCUGCUCCCACCCUUUACCUGCUCUCUUUCUCGCGAGUAACCACCAUUGCACCUUCCAACACUGCUCCUUCCCCCCUCUUUGCCCCCAACCCCCCCACAUCCGUCCCUCUCUCACUACCAUCCUGGCUGCGCGUCCAGCACGAGGCCGCAGCAGAGCACCCGCAGGCAGCGGACGAGGGGCAGGCGGCGGGGCAGGCGGGGCAAGCGGGGGCGGGGGGGCAGGACCAUGGCAGCCAGGCCGCCUCUGUCACCCCCCCUGUGGGGCGACGGCGGGGGCGCACUGUGCACCGUAGCAGCAGGGGCGGCGGGAUUCUUAGUGAGAGUGGGAGUGAGGCGGAGGGGGAGGGGGAAGGGGAGGGGGAAGGGGGCAGUGUUGGGUUCCGGAGUGACAGGGGCAGUGGCAGUGAGGGUGCGAGUGUGGGAGCGAAUGAGAGCGAGAGUGAGAGGGAGAGUAGGAGCGAGAGUGAGAGUGAGGCAAGGGUGCAGUAUCACCGGCCUCUCACCAGACGCAGAACCAACAGUGUGGGUCACAGCCGUGAGGAGAGGAGGGGGCAGGGGAAGAGGGGACAGCAGGAGGGGAGGGGUCAAGAGCAGGGGGAGAGAGGGGGGCGGCAGGCAGGGGAGGGCGCGGAGGGGAGCGACGUGGCAGGCAGUGGGAGGGGCGGUGGCAGGCGGAGUGAGGGUGGGAGGAGGGAGGAGAGGCGGGGGGUAGAGGAGGGGAGCCCGGAGCAAGGGGCGGAGGAGCAGGAGGGGCAGCAGUGGAGCGUGGGGAGAAGCACGGGGUCCAGUGCAGGGCGGGGGGGGAGUGAUGGCGCUGUGAAAGGGAAGGAUGUGCGGGAGGUAGCAGCAGCAGGUGGAAGGCAAGCAGCAGCCGCUCCUCUGUGGUCGCGGGGCAAGCGCAGUCGUAGGGCGCACGUGCCUGCUAGUGGGGGCAAGGGCGAGGGGGAAGAGGGGAGAGGGGUGGAAGGGGAGAGAGCCGGGGGAAAGGGGGAGAAGGGAGGCGGCGUGGUGGGGCAGAGGAAGAGGCAACUGGAGGAGGAGGGCGAGGGCAGGAGAAAUGGGGGCGGAGGGGAGGGUGGGGGAGAGGAGGGCAGCGGGGAUGUGAGGCAGCGUGUACAGGGAAGGAAAGCAGGGGGGCGCGGGCAAGGGGAGAGAGGGGAUGAGGAGAGGCAUGCAGGGCACGAGGGGAGGCAGGGGGGUGGGGGCGGGAUGGCAGGGGCGGGCAGGCAGAGGGCCGUGGGAACGCACACUCCUAAGAAGGCUCGGUCGGCGGUUGCUGUGGUGGGUGGCGUGGGUGCGAGAAGGCGAGGCGAGGCAGAGGAGGAGGAGAAGAGACGCUCUGAGGCGAAUGCUGGUGUGCGAGUGUCACUGUGGCCACAGCAGCAGGAACAGGAGGAGAAGGCAGGGGCACAGAAGGAGGAGGCGGGGGAGGAAGAGAGCAGAGCAGACGAGGCAGGUGGGGCGACGGGUGGUGGCAGGUUGGCAGGGAUGCAGGGGCGUGGAGAGGAGAAGGGAGCAGGGAACGAGGAGGAGAAGGACAGGGGGGGUGAGGAGAGGAGAGAGGAGAAGGGCGGUGGUGAGGGGAAGGAGGCGAAGGGUGGUGAGGAGAGGAAGGAAGGGAAGCGGGAGAAGGAGGGGAAGGAGGGGAAGGGGGGCAAGCGCAAGGCAAAGGCAAAGAGGAAGGGGGUUGCAGGCGGGGCAGAGGUGGGGGGCGGGCCCGGUGGGCAGGGAGGGGAGGCAGUGGGUGGCGUGCGUGGUGGGGGGGAGAGGGAGGCGGGGCAGCAUGCAGGAGAAGCGGGGCGAGUUGGGGGAGAUGGAGAUGGAGGGGGAGAAGGGGCUACGAGGGGCGAAGCGGGAGCAGCGGGGCAGGGGAUGCAGGAGGGCAUGGGUAGUGGAGGGGGGGAGCAUGCACGCAGCCUUUUCCAUGGUAUGAAACGGACCCUUGCGUUCUUGCACUGCCCUGCUUCUGCCUUUGCUGCUGCUGCUGAUCUUGAAACCUCCUCCCUCUCCUUUCCCCGUCGCCCCCAUUCCAACCCGAUACCCUCAGACCACCUGUCGCCUCCCCCACAGCCGGGCCAGCAGCAUGAGGCGGAGGGGGAGGGCGGAGGGGGGGUUGCAGGGAAGCAGCGCGCAGCAGACAAGCAGGGGGCGGCAGCAGCAGCAGGAGUAGCGGCAGCAGUUGGAGCAGCAGCAGCAGCAGCAGCGGCAGUGCGACCCCCUCGGCCGAGCGCCUUCAGUGUCGUGCUGCCGCCCGUGCCAGGUGCUAUGCCAGGUGGAGCGGGUGGUGCUGCAGGUGGAGGCAUGGCUGUGAGUGCUGCACCUGCAGCAGGUGCAGCGGGCACAGCAAGGGCGGAGGCAGACCCGCUAGACGACAUGCUGCGGCGCUUCCAGCACGCGGCAGCCGCACACGCCAGCGCCACCACCACCAGCAGACCUGGCAGCAGCAGCAGCACCAGCAGGGCGGGCAGCGGUGCAGUGGCUGGCAAAGGCGGGUCAGUGCCUGUGGUGGACGGUGGUGGUGUGCAGGGCAGCAGCAGCAGGGCCGUUGGGGGGGCUGGGGGGAAAGGGGCAGGGGGUGCGAGGCAGGCGGGGGGCGAGGCUAGGGCGGCCGGGGAAGGGGCGAGGGUCGGGGGAGGGGAGGUGGCUCGGCAGCAGGGGGGAGGGGGAGGAGGAGGUGGGGGGGGGAAAGCGGCAGGGGGGGGCAAGGGGGCUGUGAAGGGGAGGAGGAAGGGGGAGGAAGUGGGACAGGGCGAGAAGAAGGGGCAGGGGAAGGUAAAGGAGGGGCAAGUGCAGGGCGCAGAGCAGCAUGACCCCCUGCCUCCCCACUCCCUUGCUCCCUCCGCCCCUCCACCUGUGGCUCCCCCGGUUGCCCCUGCUGCUGCAGGGCCACGUGGGGCUGGUGGGGAGCAGGGGAAGGAGAGGCGGAAGGGGAAGGAUGCUGGGGCGAGGGAGAGGAAGAAGGGGAAGGAGGGAGGGGUGAGGGAGAGGCGGAAGGAGCAGGAGGGGGGGUUGGUGGAGGAGAGGGUGGUACUCGAUUUGAUGGGACGAGACGACAGGGAGGGCGCAGGCAGCGGCGUGAGUCCGGUGGGGUAUGUUGGGAUAGCUCGAGACUCAAGUGCAGCAGAUACAGGGGGGCAUGUGCUGCAGCAGCAGCAACAGCCUCGGCCAGUUACGGCACAGCUGCUGCCGCUGCUGCCACCCUCCCAACACACUGCCGCCACCACAGCAACAGCAGCAGUGGCAGCAACCGCUCCUUCCGUGGGCUCUAGAACCAAUCUGCUGAGCUAUCCUCUCUCCCCUUCCUCCUCGCCUUCUCUCUCCCUCCGCCUCCCAUCCGCCCUGCCCCUCUCCCCCCGACCCUCUGCAUCCCUCCAUCCGCCCGCCCCACACCUCUCAACCGCACCAGGGCCCCUGUUGCUGCAAAUGCCUCCUUCCAUACCCCCUGCGCCCAUAACCCCCGCGCCCUCCACUCCCCCCAUGCUCCCCUUGCUCCCCAUGCACCCCGCGCCCAACCACACUGCCUUCCCCCUGCACUCUGCUCCUCUGCGCCUGCCCCUCCCCAUGGGCGGUCCACAAGGGGACGGGGGGGAGUAUGGGGGCGCGCAGCAGGGGGGAGGGGAGCAGAGGGCGGAUGCCACGUGGCCGCCCAUGCCACAUCAGCCUGGGCAACACGUGUCGCCACCUCAGCAAUACCAAGCAUCAGAGAGGGGAGGAGAAACGUGGGGCAGAGCGGCACGCGUAGCAGCGCGGGGGGCAGGCAGGAGGAAGAGGCGCGUGGAGAUGUGGCAGGAGGGGAGAGAGGGCAGGGAGGGCAGGGAUGGGGUAGAUGGUUCUCUCCCCCCCCCACCACCACCCAUGUGCCUGGCAGUGCAGCGAUGGGCGCGGUGUGAGUUCUUCUACAGCGCCAUCGACCGCCCCUGGUUCCGCCACAGCGACUUCCACCGCUGCCUCGCGCUCCUCGCCGCCCCGCCGCCCACUGCCCUCCCGCGCACGCUCUGGCGCCUGCUGCGCUGCGCCAUGGGCAAGCCGCGCCGCCUCUCCCCCGCCUUCCUGGCAGAGGAACGCGCCAACCUCAACGCCUUCCGUGCUGCCGCCCGCGCCGCCCUCGCCACUGCUGCUGGUGCGCCUGCAGGAGUGGGGGCGCAAGGGGGUGGGCAGGUGCAAGUGGGGGAGGCGGUACUGGCAGUGCACCCUGGCACGGGCGUGGUGGCAGCAGGCAGGGUGGUGGGCGUGGGCCAUGGUGGGGGGAGGGAGGGAAGGGAUCAUGGGGAGGGGUGGGGGGGGGGGGAGGCGGUGGUGGUGCGGUUUGAGGAGGGGCAGCUGGGCACACAUGCAGUGGCUGAUGUGGACGUGGAUGUGCUGCCCUUGCAUGGCAUGCAUGGCGUGAUGAACCCGCCACAGCAUGGCAUGCAUAUGAUGAACGUGCCCAUGCAAGGCAUGCAAGGCGCACACCCAGCAGUGCAGAGCAAGUCGUUCAAGACGCCCACGCACAGGCCGCUGGCGGCACCGCUAGUGGCGGGGGGGAGUCCGGGGGAGGCAGGGCAGUCGAGGGAGCACGAUGUGCGUGCCAUGGUGGAGGUGGCGCGCUGCUGUGACAAGAAGGCUGCACUGCUGGCGGAGCUGCAGUGGCUCAACGCGCACGCAGAGGGGCAGCUGGGGGUGCAGCAGGAGAGGGAGGGCGAGGGGACCCAGGCAGGGGGUGUGGCAGAGGGAGGGGUGGGGUUGGAUGAGUCGUUUCAGCGGCAGUAUGCGGUGGUGCUGCUGCAGCUGAGGGACACGGACAAGCAGGUGAGCAGUGCACCGCCAGCAGCAGCACUAACGGCACCAGCAGUAGCAGCAGCACCACCACCACCACCUGCAGCGGCACCAGCAAUGGUGGCAAUGGCAGCAGCACCAGCCGCGCCAGCAGCGCCAGCAGCAGCAGCAGCAGCAGUGGACGGGGCUGGGCAGAUGGGAGAAGCGAUGGGGGAGGCGCAGGAGGAAGGCAAAGCAGAGGGGCGCUGGGAUGAGCCGGGCAGGGCUCCAGGGGUAGGUGCAGCGUGCAGACAGGGGAGCGAGGGGGGUGCGGGCGGAGGGGAAGGGGGGAAAAUGGAGCAGGAGGGUCAAGGAACCCUCCAAGGGGUGGUGGGCGGAGGAGGGAGGGCAGGGGGUGGGGAAGAGGCGGAUGCCAGCGGGGCGGUGUCAGCGGGUGUACAGCAGAUGAUAGGAGAGGCACAGCAGAGGGCGCAUGCCAUGGUGGCCGCUGCCCUGCACGCCCUCUCCCUCUGCCCCCCUGGCGCUGACCCCUCACUGCUGCUCUCCCAUGCUCUCUCCUCCCUCCCCCCUCCACAUAUUCCUCCGCCACAUUUUCCCCCUCCACAGUUCCCCUUAGCUCCACCCACCUCCAUCCCUCCACCUGCUAUCCCCCCACCCGCCACUGGACCCGCCCUGAGAAGCCCUGGCAAGCACCCCUGCCCCGUGCAGGGGGCAGGGGGACCAGCAGGGGGGGCAGGGGGAGCAGGGGGGCGGUGGGAGGAGGGGGUGGGGGCGAGGGGGCUGCUGUGUGCAUCGGAGGAGGGCGGGCUGUCAGUGACGACGGGCACCACAGGGGGCUCUGAGGCCGAUGCUGUCACCACUGGCCGUGAUGCCCUCGAUGCCCGUGCUGCUGCUCCACCUGCUGCUGCUCCACCUGCUGCUGCUCCGCCUGCUGCUGCUGCUCCACCUGCUGCUGCCGACACUCGUACCCGUUUUGGUGCUGACGCAGCAGCGGCUGCGGCUGCUGCUGCCGCAGCUGCGGCAGUCACGGGUGGGGAUGCUGCAGGCGCUGCAACGGGUGGUGAUAGCAGGGUAGCGCCAGGGGCAGCGGCAGAAGAGGGGGGGAGGAGGGAAGGCGAUGGUGGAGGCCAACACAAGGAGAGAGGCGGCCUUGCCCACCCUGCCACACCUGCCACUGCACCGGCGCCAACAGCUGCUGUUCCAGCUCCCUCACUUGCUGUCUCCCCAGACCACCACCGAGUGCUCUUCUCCCCCUCCCCCUCUUCCGCCGCCAGCCCCCCCUCCCUCCCCCUCGCCUCCCCCACUGCCACCCUGCCUGCCUUCCCCCCCGCCACCUGCUCCCCUGAUGCACCCACAGCACCAGCAGCAGCUGCAACAGCGGCAGCGGGUGCAGCAGCGGGGGCAGCAGCGCAUGUGAUCAGCCCCCACCGGUCCUCCACCACCAAGGCCCGACCGCCCCCUCACACCCUCCGCCCGCCCGCCUCCUCCCCCUUUCCCACCUCUCCUCCAGACAGCACUGCGCGUGCUGGUGAUGGUGGGGAAGGGGGGGCAGGGAAGGAGGGGCUGCAUGAAGCAGCGGUGGCGCAUGGGGUGGGGGGAGGGGAGAGGGAGGAGGGGGGUCAGAGGGAGGAGAGGGAAGGCUGUGGCAGUGGAGGCGCCGAAGGGCAGGUCCGGGCUUCUGGUGCGGCAGGGGAUGUGCGGACGGUCAUGCAGCAAUGCCUCGCCUCCCUGCUGCUCGUUCAGCGGGGAAUACUCAAGCAGACGCGCCACGGCACGAGGCGGAGGGAGUUGAGUGGAGCGGGCGCGGGGAGGGGCGGAGCGAUGUCGCGCGUGUGGGUGGCGGGCGCGCUGGCGGCGUACGCGGCGCUGAGCGCCGUGUGUUUCGGGCUGCACCUCAUCAUCAUGCACGCGCACCUGCAGCACGGCGCACACUCGCUCGCCCGCCAAUGGCCCGCCUCUGCGCCGCUCCUGCCGGCGCACCUGCAGGCGUGUCCUCCCGCCCCGGCGGCAUCCGCUGCGCAGAUUCCCGAGGCGGCAGCGGAGCAACCGGCGGUGGUGGCGGUGACCGCAGCAGCGAGCGGCAGCGCGGGGCGGGAGGGCGCGCGGGCGGAGGGAGGCGAGGUGACUGCGGCGGAGGGGAGGCAGGGGAGCGAGCAGGCGGGAGCGGGACACGUGGCGGCGUCUGAGGGGCCGGCGGUGGACGCGUCGGCGCUGUGGCUGGCGUCGUUCCGCCACAUGUCGGAGUCCGUCGAGUCCGCCGCCGCGCUCUACAACCUGCUGCUCUGCGCGCUGCUCCUCGGCGUCGUCGGCGCUAAGGAGUUGUUUCUGGGAGAGCUAUCGCUGCUGGAGAUGCACAAGCUGGCGGAGCGACUCAUCGGCCACUUCUCCUUCAAGCUGCUGCUGCUGCUAUCGCUGGUGGACGUGCUGGUGCUGCAGCCCGUGUGGCUGCUGUGGUUCGCCGCGGUCACCGCCAUCAAGAUGUUCGGAGUGGUGGGCAAGGAGCGAUCGCAGCGCCUGAGUGCAUCCCCUUCCGCGAGCCCCUCCUCGCACCUGCGCACGCUCGCCCUGCUGCUGCUCGUGCUGCUCGCCAACCUGCUGCUUGCCGUGUGUCUGCUGCCUUUCUUCGCCCCGGCGUCCCCCGCCUCCUCCCCAUCCGCCUCGCGCAAUGUCAUGUCGCCCUGGCCGCGCCUCUCCGUGGGGCUGCUCUUCGCCUAUGAGCCCCUCGUGAUCGCCAUCGACACCACGCAGACGUUGCUGCACUACUGCGUGCAUCUGCUCGAGGCUCAUUCAGACCUCAUCUCUGCGCACCUGCCGCCCGCCCUGCCGCUCACCU